CCAAAACAUCACCACCACAACACCUGAUCCUAUUGCAUCUUAACCCAUGCCGCCGCGACAUUGAAUGGCUGCUGCACUUAUUGACAAUCUAGCUGAGAGAUUUUGACCAGUGACAAGCGUCAACUGACAAGGGUAUCUCUCACCUUUUCACCUCAGUCAAUUCUGAAGCCCGUAUCGGCUUGACAUCCGAAGUCCCGUGUCACCAUGGCCAACCAAGGCCCCACCCUCGACGACUAUUACAAUCUCGGCUCACAUCAUCGACCCAUAUCCACCACCAGCGCGGCAACUCAGCUCUGGUUUGAUCGUGGCCUCAUCUGGAGCUUCGGCUUCAACCACGAAGAGUCCGUCAAGUGUUUUGAACGCGCCGUGGCUGCCGAUCCAGAUUGCGCCAUUGCCUACUGGGGCAUCGCCUACUCCCUGGGCCCCAACUAUAACAAACCAUGGAGCGUGUUUGACGAAGAUGAGCUACAGAAGACUAUAGAUCGGGCAUGGGAAGUCCUGGAACUGGCAAGACAAAAGGCAGCUGCCCCUGGGUCGACGUGUACUCCGGCAGAACAUGCCCUCCUUGAUGCCCUCCAGUAUCGAUAUCCCAAGAGAGCGGCCAAGCCCAAGAAGGACUUUGCACUGGAACACGGCUACGCCCAAGCAAUGGCCAAAGUCUACCAGCAGUUCUCAUCCGACCUGGACGUUGCCGCCCUCUAUGUCGACGCCCUCAUGAACCUCACCCCUUGGAAGCUUUGGGAUCCGACGACGGGAGAGCCUGCAAAGGGUGCACAGACUCUUGAAGCCAAGCGCGUUGUCGAACAGAGUCUAGCCCAGGACCCCUACCAUCCAGGCCUGCUUCACCUGUACAUCCAUCUUAUGGAGAUGUCAAGCCACCCCGAGGUAGCACUCCGGCUGGCGGACAACCUGCGCGGUCUCGUCCCGGAUGCCGGCCAUCUCAAUCACAUGCCCACUCAUCUUGAUGUGAUCUGCGGGGACUACCGGCGGGCCAUCUCCUCCAACUCCCAGGCCAUUGUUGCUGACGAGAAGUGGGUGAGCAAAGAAGGUCACAAUGGAGCGCUCAACUUCUACGCCCUCUACCGCUGCCACAACUACCACUUCCGCAUCUAUGCCGCCAUGUUCGCCGGUCAGUACAAGGUGGCUCUAGAAACCGUCACGCAACUGGAAGCGGCCCUCCCCGGAAGCCUGCUCCGGGUCAAGUCGCCGCCCAUGGCCGACUGGCUCGAAGGGUUCCUGGCCAUGCGCGUGCAUGUUCUCGUCCGCUUUGGGAGGUGGCAGGAAAUUGCCGCGUUGGUCCCGCCACAAGACACUGAGCUCUACUGCACCACCGUGGCCAUGAUCCAUUAUGCCAAAGGUGUGGCGCUUGCCAAUUCAAACCGCACCAGAGAAGCCGAACGCCAUCGGCAGCUGUUUGCCGAAGCUGUCAAGAGAGUGCCGCCUUCGAGGACCGUCUUCAACAACACUUGUCGGGAUAUCCUGGCGAUCGCUGCUGCCAUGUUGGAUGGCGAGCUGGAAUUCCGCAGAGGCAAUGUCGAGCUGGGAUUUGAGCGUUUGCGAGAUGCCAUCAAGUUGGAUGAUAACCUGCCGUAUGAUGAGCCUUGGGGGUGGAUGCAACCGACCCGACAUGCGUACGGUGCUCUCCUUUUGGAACAGGGACGGGUAGAAGAGGCCGCGGCGGUUUAUCGCGCGGAUCUGGGUCUGGAUGAUACGCUCCCGAGAUCCCUUCAGCAUCGAAACAAUGUCUGGGCGUUGCAUGGAUACCACGAGUGUUUGGUGAAGUUGGGGAGAAAGGAGGAAGCACGACUGUUGCAGAAUCAAUUAGAGCUGGCUGUCGCGUGUGCGGAUGUCCCCAUUCGGUCAUCUUGCUUUUGUCGAAGUCGUCUUUGAUGGGCGGUUACUCGGAGACGAGAUGUGUCGUCUGCAGCGCGUUUACUUUUCUGUCCGUGGAGGUAGCAGAGUUUAUGCUCAACUGCAAGUACAUGUGUGCUGUUCCUUAUGGGAGGGGAAAUCCCGAAUUUCAACGUCUGCAGGAAACCUCGCAUCGUCGUGCAUGUUAUAUAGCCGGCGCCUCCAGCCGGAGUCUUCAUGUAAGGCAGCCGAUGCCUUGUAUCACUGCAAUCAAGCAAGAUAAUGCCACUUUGAAAGCUCUUGGGGCAUGUCAUCCCA